AUGGGGGGCCAAGUCUCGAAACUGAUGGGCAAGAUCUUUGGAUCAAAGGAGAUGCGUCUGCUCAUGCUUGGUCUUGAUGCGGCCGGAAAGACUACCAUCCUCUACAAACUCAAGCUCAACCAGGACGUCACCACCAUUCCUACGGUCGGCUUCAACGUUGAAUCGGUGACCUACAAGAACGUCAAGUUCAAUGUGUGGGAUGUUGGUGGCCAGGACAAGAUCAGACCGCUGUGGCGGCACUACUUCUCGGGAACCCAGGGUCUGAUCUUUGUGAUCGAUUCCAAUGACCGCAGCCGCAUUGACGAGGCGCGCCAAGAGCUGCACAGAAUUAUUCUGGAUCGUGAGAUGAAGGAGGCUUUGCUGCUGGUCUUUGCCAACAAGCAGGAUAUCAAGGGAGCCAUGGAUCCGAAGGAAGUCACUGAGAAACUCCAAUUGAACCAACUGAAAGACCGGAUAUGGUUUGUUGUUCCAAGUUGUGCAACAACAGGCGAAGGACUGUUUGAAGGAUUGGCUUGGCUCUCAAAUAAUGUGAAGACUCAACAGCAAAGACAGGGUAAAUAA